AUGUAUACUCCAGAUCCCGGCCUAGCAAUCGCCAUUCCUCUUCCUCUUCAAGACAUCGUUCUCCCUCUAUGGACAGAGGUGCUUGAAAAUGCCAAAUGUGAGCUAGUUGUUUGUUUGGAAGCCCAGAUCCUGGAUCUAAACAAUAAACUGUCAACACUGCAGAGCAUAAACAACAUGGAAAGGAGUCUGGAUCUGACACAUCAGGUUCUGGUGGAGAGUGGUAUAGAGGAGAAGGGGAGAGUGGAGGAGCAGGAUCUUGAGGAUGUUGGGGAUAUUAGUUCAGGGGUGCCAUUGCUGGAGCAAGACGCUUCCACGAUCCGCAGGGGGAGUGACUGCUACAAAUGUUAUCUACUUGCUGUUAUGGCCUUUGAUCGAGAUCUAGCAAUCAACAAUCCUCUACGAUAUAGUUCAUUUAUGACUCCUAAUGUUUGUAUACAGCUGUCUGUUCUUCCAUGGGUCAGUGGCUUCACUCUUGGUUUAAUUCCAAUCAUCUUUACCUCCAGUUUGGAAUUUUGCAGAUCCAAUGAAGUCAAUCAUUUCGUCUGUGACCUGUCUGCUUUGCUGAGCUUGUCAUGUUCUAAUACAUUUUGGAGCAAUGUGGUCACCAGCAUAAUCACUGUUUUUGCUGGGCUAAUCCCAUUUUCUGCUAUCAUGCUAAUUUAUAUUCAUAUUAUAUUAACUAUCUCAAAAAUCAAGUGCCCUGAGGGAAAGAAGAAAGCCUUCUCCACAUGCUCAUCUCAUCUUACUGUAACUAGUUUGUUCUUUGGAACGGUAAUAAUCAUGUAUAUCCGGCCACGAUUUACUGAAUAUGACAAAUUUAUUGCUCUCAUAUACACAGUCGUCAUACCAUUCUUGAAUCCUUUUAUAUAUACACUGAGAAAUAAAGAUGUUAAGGUAGCUUUGAUGAAAGCAAAAUUUUGA